AUGGCCAUGGCAAACAAUAAAACACAAUGUUUUAAAUGCAAGAAAGAGAAAAUAACAUAUCCUUGUGAAGGAUGUUCAAAAAGAUUUUGUUUUACGGAUUUAGCUGAACAUAAACAACUAUUAAAUGAUGAACUAAAUCAUAUUAUUAAUGAUUACGAUCAAUUUAAGCAAAGAAUUAAUGAGCAAAAACAAAAUCCACAAAAUCAUCCAUUAUUGAAACAAAUUAAUCAAUGGGAACGAAAUUCAAUUGAAAUAAUUCAACAGAAAGCUCAAGAUUGUAGAAAUAUUAUCAGUAGAUAUUCACAAAAAUUCAUUAAUGAUGUUGAAAUGAAAUUUAAUGAUUUAAGUGAGCAAAUAAAACAAUUUCAUAGUGAAAAUGAAUUUAAUGAAAUUAACUUAAAUUAUUUAACAAAUCAACUGAGAAAAAUCGCAGAAGAAUUGAAUAAUCCAUCAAAUAUUUCUAUUCACCAAGGUUCCAAAUCAUUUAUUAGUGAAAUUUCGAUUAUUUCAUCGAUAAAAUCAAAAUCCAGCAAAUGGAAACAAAAUGGCAUCACUGUGGCUGGCGGAAAUGGAGAAGGACAAGAAUUAAAUCAACUCCAAUUCCCUUAUGGAAUCUUUAUUGAUAAAAACAAAAAUAUUUUCAUUGCUGAUUAUGCAAAUCAUCGUAUUGUUGAAUGGAAAUGUAAUGCAAAAGACGGACACAUCAUUGCAGGUGGAAAUGGGCAAGGAAAUCGAAUGGAUCAAUUGAACUUUCCAACAGAUAUAGUUGUUGAUCAACAAAGUCAUUCGAUCAUCGUUGCUGAUUGGGAAACAGACGAGUGA